GCCGAGAGAGACACGGGAGGGGAACGCGAGUUUCGUGGUCCCGGAGUUUGCGGUCUGGUCGAAUUUUUGCGGUGUGGUCGAAUUCCCGCGGUCACAUGAGCGCGCUCGUGAGCGUGAGAGCACGCGCUGUGCUACGAACCCGACUACCCGAUUCCCGCUCACGGCUAACAUCGACUGUUGGGGCAAGUGCUGCUAGCGGGCAGCUAUGAAGGCCGCAAUGUGAAUGGAGCUGUCUCUGGACAGGAGGAGGAGGUCGCCCUCGGCCGCCUCCUCCUCCUCCGUGGCCGCCGUGGCCUCGUCGGCGGCGACCGGCCCCGCCGCUUUGUCUCCCGUGGCGCCGCCGCCGCCCCCGCCGCCGUCGUGCUCAAAGCAGGCGUCGCGCGAGUCCGGCGUGUGCGUCUCGUCGUCGCCGAUGACCUCUUCCUCUUCCUCCUCCUCGUCGUCGUCGUCCUCCUCGUCGGCGGCGUCGUCCCCGGCGGCCACGUCGCAGGCCAUCCUGAAGCAGGCGUCCCUCGUGUACAGCCUCGAGAAAUCCGGGCGCGCGUCCGUGAGCCGCCAGUCCUCGUCCGUGCCGCAGCAGCAGCCGCCGCCGCAGCCGGCGAGGAGAGGCUCGUCGCGGCGGGGGGCGGACGGUGCGGGAGACGCGGCGGCCGGAGGAGCGGACGUGAGCGGCGACGUGAGCGGCGACGGCGGCGAGAACGACGACGACGGCGAGAGGGGCGCCGCGCGGUUCUCGUGCAGCUGCCUGCGGCUCGCGGCGGCGGCGGCUUCGGCGGCGACGGCGCGGAGGAGGAGGAGGACGUCGAAGAGGUGCGGCCUCGGCCCGGGCGAGGACGACAAGACGGAGUUGACGAAAGCCGGCUCGGCCGACGUGGCGGACCCGCGCCACCGCCGAAGCCGCCGCCGCCACCUCCUCCUCCGGCUGUGGCCCGGCUGCGCGCGGAGGGGGCGGACGAGGCGGCGGAAGGAGCCGGAGUCGUCGCUCGACGUGGGGACGGCGACGGCGGCAUCGCCGGCGCCGGCGUCGGCACCGGCGGCGGCGGGCGCCGGCGAGGAGCCGACGAGGAGCGGCGCGCCGGGGCGGCGGCGGCGGCAAAACACAACGGAAGCCGGAACGCAGACGGAGGAGGAGGAGGCGCCGGGGUCGCGACCUGCGCGACGCGACGACGCCCUGUCGCUGUGGAACUCGUUCUGCCGCACCCUGAGCCAGCGCAGCACGGGACGGCGCUCGUCCCGCGCCGCGGAGCCCGGCGGCGACGGCUGCACGGCCAAGCUGCUGACGAACGCCGAGGGCGGCGGGCACGGGGGGGAGGGGGAGCCGUUCCGCCGCUCGGACCGGCGGCGGAGCCACCGGCGCGGGCCGGAGAGCGCGGCGCAGGACGCGGGGGUCCCGGCGGAGCCGGCGGCGGUGGGGGGGGCGGGCGGCGAACGGGAGGACGAGGCGGGCGAGGUGGCCAUCUGCAUCAUCAAGCUGCGCUCGCCCGCCAAGGACGCCGCCGUCUGCCUCCGCGUCAAGACGCACGGCAAAGCCAAAGCAGCGGCGCAACUCGGCGGGGAGCUCGUCCGUGCCGGGGCGGCCGUGACGACGGCGGCGCCGGAGCCGGAGCCGACCGCGGCGGCAUCGGCGGCGGCAGGGGCGAAGGAAGAGUCGGUUGGGAAGGACGACGACGACGACGACGUUCCCGAAAGGGAGGCGGAAAGAGCGAAAGAGCCGCACUGCUCGGCCGGAGAGCAGAUCAGCAUCGUGAUCUGCGACUACGACAGCAACGGGCGACAGGAGCCCGCGGGGGACGCGAGCGGAGGUCCCGGCGACGGGGAGCGUCCGGGGGGCACGGCGGCGGCGGAGGAGGCAGCGGAGGAGGAGGAGGCAGCGCCGGCGCGGAGCGAGCGGUCGGAGGCGAGCGCCGGUGUCGGUCGCGAGCUGCACACCGGCGGGGCCUGCUCAGUGCCAGGGGGGAGUGAACGCCCAGAGGCGGAACCAGUUACAGCAGAUGGACGCCUAGGCAGGGAACCGGCAGGUGAACACCUCGACACGGAACCAGCAGGUGAACACUUAGACAGUGAACCAGAACCAGCAGAUGAACACUUAGACAGAGAACCAGAACCAGCAGGUGAACACGUAGACAGGGAACCGGAACCAGCAGGUGAACGCUUAGAUACAGAACCGGAACCAGCAGGUGAACACCUAGAUACGGAACCAGCAGAAGAACAGCUCGAGAGUGAACCAGCAAGUGGACGCCAAGACAUGGAAAAAGCAGGUGAACAAGUAGACAGGGAACCGAAGCCUGCAGCUGAACAUCUAGACUUGAAACCAGCACAUGAACACUUAGACACGGAACCAGCAGGUGAACACGUAGACAGGGAACCUGAACCAGCAGGUGAACAGUUAGACAGAGAACUAGAACCAGCAGGUGAACACUUAGACACAGAACCAGAACCAGCUGGUGAACACUUAGACACGGAACCAGCAGGUGAACACGUAGACAGGGAACCUGAACCAGCAGGUGAACAGUUAGACAGAGAACCAGAACCAGCAGGUGAACACUUAGACACAGAACCAGAACCAACUGGUGAACACUUAGACACGGAACCAGCAGGUGAACACAUAGACAGGGAACCAGAACCAGCAGGUGAACAGUUAGACACAGAACCAGCAGGUGAACACUUAGACACGGAGCCAGAACCAGCAGGUGAACACGUAGACAGGGAACCUGAACCAGCAGGUGAACAGUUAGACACAGAACCAGCUGGUGAACACUUAGACAGGGAACCUGAACCAGCAGGUGAACACUUAGACAGGGAACCUGAACCAGCUGGUGAACACUUAGACACGGAACCAGAACCAGCUGGUGAACACUUAGACAGGGAACCAGAACCAGCAGAUGAACACUUAGACACUGAAUCAGAACCAGCUGGUGAACACUUAGACACGGAACCAGAACUAGCUGGUGAACACUUAGACACGGAACCAGAACCAGCAGGUGAACACUUAGACAGGGAACCAGAACCAGCUGGUGAACACUUAGACACUGAACCAGAACCAGCUGGUGAACACUUAGACACGGAACCAGAACCAGCAGGUGAACACUUAGACACGGAACCAGAACCAGCUGGUGAACACUUAGACACUGAACCAGAACCAGCUGGUGAACACUUAGACACAGAACCAGAACCAACAGGUGAACACUUAGACACAGAACCAGAACCAGCAGGUGAACACUUAGACACAGAACCAGCUGGUGAACACUUAGACAGGGAACCAGAACCAGCUGGUGAACACUUAGACACUGAACCAGAACCAACUGGUGAACACUUAGACACAGAACCAGAACCAGCAGGUGAACACUUAGACACAGAACCAGAACCAACUGGUGAACACAUAGACACGGAACCAGAACCAGCAGGUGAACACUUAGACACGGAACCAGAACCAGCAGGUGAACACUUAGACACAGAACCAGAACCAGCUAGUGAACACUUAGACAGGGAACCAGAACCAGCUGGUGAACACUUAGACACGGAACCAGAACCAGCUGGUGAACACUUAGACACGGAACCAGAACCAGCAGGUGACCACUUAGACAGGGAACCAGAACCAGCAGAUGAACACUUAGACACGGAACUAGAACCAGCAGAUGAACACUUAGACAGGGAACCAGAACCAGCUGGUGAACACUUAGACACGGAACCAGAACCAGCAGGUGAACACUUAGACAGGGAACCAGAACCAGCAGGUGAACACUUAGACACGGAACCAGAACCAGCUGGUGAACACUUAGACAGGGAACCAGAACCAGCUGGUGAACACUUAGACACGGAACCAGAACCAGCUGGUGAACACUUAGACAGGGAACCAGAACCAGCUGGUGAACACUUAGACACGGAUCCAGAACCAGCUGGUGAACACUUAGACAGGGAACCAGAACCAGCAGGUGAACACUUAGACACAGAACCAGAACCAGCUGGUGAACACUUAGACAGGGAACCAGAACCAGCAGGUGAACACUUAGACACAGAACCAGAACCAGCAGGUGAACACUUAGACACAGAACCAGAACCAGCAGGUGAACACUUAGACAGGGAACCAGAACCAGCUGGUGAACACUUAGACACAGAACCAGAACCAGCAGGUGAACACUUAGACACAGAACCAGAACCAGCAGGUGAACACUUAGACAGGGAACCAGAACCAGCUGGUGAACACUUAGACACAGAACCAGAACCAGCAGGUGAACACUUAGACACGGAACCGGAGCCGGUGUCGGCAGGAGCGCCGCCGUUGUCUGGCGGUGGCGUAGGAGGCCGGCUCUCCAUCUGCGCUGUGCCGGCGGCGUCGCCCCCGGCGAGAGCGGCGCCCGGAGCGGACGGCGCCCGUGCCGGGCCUCGCCCCGCCGCGCCGCAGAUCGGCGGCGGCGGCCCGGACGCUUCGCUGGCAAACGGCAAGGCCGAAGGCGCCGCGGGGUCGGCGGCCGCGCCGGGAGCGGAGGAUGUCGCCGCUCCCGGCCGGGUGCGGUUCGUCCGCGAGGGCCGGGACGGGGGCGGCCGGUCGGCGACCCGCGGCUUCUCGUCGGAGUUUGACGGCUGCGUCUGGGAGGAGCUGUACCUCAUCGAGGAAGAGGAGGCCGAAGCCAAGGGUCCCCGGGGUGACGGGAGGGCCCGGGCGGAAGAGGAGAGGGGGAGAGACGAGGAGGAUGCGGGACGGGGAAGCGACCGGAACGAGGAGGAGCGGAAGAAGGUCGCGGGGUCGGCGGGCGCGAAGGCGGCGGCCGGGCGCGAGAACGGGAUCCGAGCGACCGGGGAGCGCCCGGAAGAUCGUCACUCGGCCUCGGAGCGGAGGAGGCGGGGGGACGUGGGGGAGGAUGGCCGGAUCCGGACGGACGGGGGCGACGAGACGGAGGGCGACGAUAACGGCCUCGCGUCCGCGACCGCCCUCGCGAGAGAGAUCGUCGCGGCGGUCCUGACUUCGGCUCUCGCCGAGAUCUACGGCACGGGACGCGGCCGCGGCGGCCGCGGCGGCGGCGGCGACGCCGCGGGGGCGACGUCUUCCUCCUCGCCGGGGUCGAGCGCGGAGGCGAGCCCGGCGGAGGCGCCGUCGUGCGAGGCGGCCUUCGGCGCGGGAGGCAACGCGACGGUGAGCGAGUGGCUCGCCGGCGUGACGACUUCCAGCGCCGCCGCCUCCUCGGCAGCUUGGCGCACGGCGCUGUCCCACGACGACGACGACGACGACGGCGGAACGGGCAGCAGCUCGAGCGGCGGCGGCGGCGGCGGGAGGGACGGCGCACGACGGCCGCCGCGGCGGCGACGCGGCGGGAGGGGACUGCUCGCGCCCGAGGAGGCCGAGGUGCUCAACAAGGCGGCGGCGUCCAUCGUGGCCGACGUCAUCGAGAUGGCCAGCAGGGCCGUGAUGGCCGAGGACGCCGCCGCCGCCCGUCGGCGGGAGGAGUUUGGAGACGCUGAUGGCCCAGCGGAGCAGAAUUCCAGACACGUGCACACGUAGACGCGACGAGGUUGCACGAGGAGACGGAUGAUGAGGAGGUGGUGGUGGAGGAUGAUGAUGAUGAUGAGUAGGUGAAUGAGGAGGAGAUUGGUGGAUGAUGAUGAUGUGGAUGAGGAUGAUGAUGAUGAGUAGGUGAAUGAGGAGGAGAUUGGUGGAUGAUGAUGAUGUGGAUGAGGAUGAUGAUGAGUAGGUGAAUGAAGAGGAGAUGGGUGGAUGAUGAUAAUGUGGAUAAUGAUGAUGAGUAGGUGAAUGACUAGUGGGCGGAUGAUGAGGAGGAGGAAGAGGGUGAUGAUGAGGAGGAGGAAGAGGAAGAGGGUGAUGAUGAUGAUGAGGAGUAGGAGAUGGUGGAUAAGGAGCAGGAUGAUGAGAAUUAUAGUGGCAAACAUGAUGAGGAGGAUUAUGUGAUGGAGGGGAGGAGGUGGUUGAUUGAGGUGGAUAAUGAGGGAGUUGAGUCGGUGGAUGUGGAGGAUGAUGAGGGCGGGAGAUGAGGAGAUGACGAUGAUGAUGACGAUUUGGAGAAUGGGAAGUAUGAAGAGGGGGCGACGAGGGCAACCGUUCUGGCUGCGAGCAGCCUUCGUGCGACCGCUCUCCACUAGAGCACCCACAGAAUCUAUGAACUAUAUUUUAAACGAUUCUUUAUGUUUCCCAGGUGAGGCCCCACUGAGUUGUGUAGCUCUUGUUUCAGAAGCGACCCCCCUGGCCACCACAAACGACAGCACGACGAAAGUGGCUCAUCGUCACGUGGAAAUCUAGAGCGGCCAAAGACUCUAAACGCGUGGUGUUGAGUCUAAAUGUGGAGGGGGGAAAACCGGAGGACCCGGAGAAAAAUCCAAGUGACCACGGGGAGAGAGAGAGAGAGAGAGACACCGCAAACUCCACAUAUACAGCAGCAGGCGUCAGGAUCAGGAUCGAACCCACGACCUCCUGUAUACCAAGCAAGGUAGUUAACAUCUCCUAGCCACUGUGAUGAUGAUGAGAGAGAGAGACACGCAAACUCCACAUAUACAGCAGCAGGCGUCAGGGUCGGGAUCGAACCCACGACCUCCUGUACACCAGGCGAGGUAGUGAACAUCUCCUAGCCACCAUGGAGCCCCAUCAACCGCGACAGCCCCAGGCCCCGCGCUUUGAGGGGGCCCUACGCUUUGGGGGGGCCCCGCGCUUCGUUGUCACGGUGUCUCAGUGUAAGAGUUUCAUUCAUGGGCCGUUCGUUGUUGCAGAGAUGUAACGAUUUCAAAUGGGGUCCAUCUUUUUAAAAACACCCUGUACUUCAGGUUUAGUUUGAAAGCGUCGG